AUGGCACUCAUACAAUGGGAUACAUAUCGAAAGAGGUGGUGUAUUAGUAAUGAGCGGUGGUUAGAUUCGAUAUCAGAAUUACAGGUACUAUUAAUACUGGCAACAGUAAGUUGUUCAGAGUUGGAAAAAGAAUUUAGAGGACAUGGUGAUGAUGCAUGUGGAGGUUGUCCACGUGGAAUGUAUUGUGCCGUUGUCAAUGGCAGGGGUACUUGUCUUUUCGAACCAUCUCCAACCCAUGCUCCACAAGAUUGUGAAUCCGUAACCGAUCUCAAUAGAUGUCCAUCUCCACAAUGUAAACUCGUCAGUGCUUCUGGAUGUUGUGGUCAAAGACGUAAACUCUGUGUCACCAACACUAUCAUCAAUCCACUUAUCUUCCCACCUCCAUCUCAAACCUGUAACUAUAACAGUACCGUUUGUCUCAAGGAAGUUCUCACCAACCAAAUCUAUGAAAUUCCAUCAAAUUGUCAACCAAAGAAGGGUUGGGAAUCUUUUACUCCAAAUACUCAAACCUGUGCCUCUUUGAAUUGUACUGGUCGUGGAUUAGUUUGUGGAUACGGUCAAAAUACCGAGUGUAUUGGUACCAAGUGUUGCACAUAUGUUCCAUUCUGUGUACAUGCAAGCAAAUUAUAUCCAGGUCAUGGUGGAGGAGGUGUUCAUCCACCCCCACCACCACCACCACACGGACCAUGUCCAGUGUCACCAAAGGACAUGGCAGGACUCCAAAUUGUAUGCAGAGCAUUAGACUGUUCAUCUGAAGGAAAGUCAUGCAUUGGUUUCUUUGACAACAAGUGUCCACAAGGUAGUUGCUGUGGUCCAUAUGCUCGUUGUGAUGUCAAACCAACACGUCCAUGGUCAGGUCCACAACUCAAGUUUGUUGUCUCUGAGGAAUUUGAUUAUCCAGAAAAGAAGGUUGAAGAAAAGAAGGUUGAAGAAAAGAAGGUUGAAGAAAAGGAACACAAGCAAAAGAAGAAAGUAGAGACCUCUCAUGCCAUCGAUACCCAAGAGACACAACAAACACAAGAUCUAUUUGUUGGAGGAUCAUGUGAAUCAUUACAAAACCCAUGGUCUUGUGGUUCCUAUCCACAAUGUAGAUGGGCUACCAUUGAAGGUUGUUGUGGUCAUUCACAAUCAAUGUGUCUAAGUGUCAAUGCCUCUCGUUGUCAUCCACAAUUCCCAUUCGGUUCAAAUAGACCAUUGUGUUACACUGAUAUCAUCGGUAGACAGAAUGUAAUGCUCGACGAUCCAUGUGUUACUCUUCCAGCUAGAUUCAAGCAAUACGAUCCAUUCAUUGGUACUUGUGAAUCAUUGCGUUGUAACUUGGUAGGUCUUACCUGUGCCAUGGCUAAACUCAGUCCAUGUCAAGGUAAUGCUUGUUGUCAUGAUGCUGCUCUUUGUGUACCUCGUUCUGCUUUACCACCACGUCCACUUUGGAGAGCAACUACUUUGGGCUCAUCUCCUUAUUUAUCUUCACUAUCAUCAUCUUCUCCAUCAUCAUCAAUAUCAUUUUCUGUUUUAAAGUUUAAAUCUGGAUUAUCGUCUUCAUCUUCAUCUUUAUCUAUCAAUAACAGAAAAGAUAUCAAUAAUAAUAAUAUAAAGUACACUACAACUAGUUGUAAUAAUAAUAAACUUUCAUUACUCUACAACAAUGAUAAUAACAAAAAUGUAAAUAGAUUCUUCUUUUCAUCAACAUCUCUGAGAAGAAGUAAUGGUUCAAAUGGUUAUAGAUUAAAUAAUAAUAAUAAUAAUAAUAAUAAUAAUAAUAAUAAUAAUAAUAAUAAUAAUAAUAAUAAUAAACAACAAAGAAAUUAUAGUAGUAGUAAUAAUAAUAAUAAUGGAUCAACAACAUCUACAAGAAUAAGAUUAACAUCAAAUUCAUAUAUUCAAAUUGGAGCAAUGAUUACAUUUUGUAUUGGAGGAAUAUUAUUAUUUGUAUUUGAUUUGGAUGGUCGUUUGGUUGAUGCCAUUUAUUGUCAAGAAAGACCAACCCCGUCUGAUAGUGAAACUAUCAUUGUACAUACUUCACAUGAAAUCAAAGAACAAUUGGAAGAGUUGGAGGAAAAGGUAUCAAACGGUAAAAUUAUUUGGAGUUUAAUUGGAAAAGAUAUAUGGUUGUUGGCAUUUGGUGUGAUCACUGCCUUUUUAUCAUCAUGGGUUGGAAUACAAAUACCAAGAGUAUUUGGUAGUUUGGUUGAUUGUUCAAAAGCUGGAAAAGACCUAACUCAACCGGCUCUGCAUGCAGUAGCUGUUCUAGUGGUACAGGCAACACUUAAUUUUGUGUACAGUGCUUCUAUAUCGAUCAGUGUGGAAAGGUUCUCGGCAAACUUGAGAACCCUUUUAUUUGAAUCACUACUCAAUCAAGAGAUUGCAUUCUAUGAUCAAAAUUCCACCGGAGAUCUUGUAAAUAGACUAUCGAGUGAUGUGCAAUUGGUUCGAUCGGCCUUGAAACAUUCAGUGUCGAUGGGUGUCAAGAGUACUGCUCAAAUAGUUGGUGGUGCCAUAUCACUGUACAUGAUAUCACCACAACUGUCUUUGUCAAUGGCAGCGGUCGUACCAACCAUGGUUGCCAUUGGAUCGAUCUAUGCCAAAUGGCUCAAACGUCUCAGUAGAGAGGCACAAGCAGCUCAAGCUAAAUCAACUAUCGUAGCAGAAGAGGCAAUGGGUAAUAUUAGAACUGUGGUUGCAUUUGCUGGCGAGCAAAGAGAGGUUGCAAGAUUCACUGCCAAAAGUCAGAGAUCACUUGAUUUGGCAACAGAGAGUGGUAUUCAAAUAGGAAUAUUCCAAGGUGUCAGUGCAAUGGCUCUCAAUGCAGUCAGUCUACUCGUCUAUUGGUACGGUGGAUCAUUGGUUGCUAGUGGAGAUAUUACAUCUGGCCAGUUGACAUCAUUUAUCAUUCACACAAUGAGCAUGCAAGCAUCGUUUGCUCAAAUAUCAAUCCUUUUCACACAGAUAUCAUCUGCCAUUGGAGGAAUGGAUCGUAUCUCUGAAAUGGUCAACCGAACACCAAAGAUUCUUUCAAACAUGGGCAAGACACUCGACAAGGUCGAUGGAAAUGUCAAGUUUUCCAACAUUCACUUUAGAUAUCCAACACGUAAAAAUGUACCAGUUCUAAAGGGUUUGUCACUUGAUCUCCUUCCAGGACAGGUAGUUGCUUUGGCUGGGCCAAGCGGAGGAGGAAAGAGUACCAUUGCAGCGCUACUUGAACGUUUUUAUGACACUGAAAGCGGUGAUAUAUUUAUUGAUGGCGUACCUAUUAGAGAAUUGUCACCCCGUUGGUUACGUGGCCAAAUUGGUAUUGUCAACCAAGAACCAGCUCUCUUUGCAACUACCAUUGCUGAAAAUCUUAGAUAUGGUUGUCCAGAGGCAACAGAUGAGCAGUUGGUGGAAGCUGCCAAGUUGGCAAAUGCUCACACCUUUAUUAGUUCAUUCUCGAACGGAUACGAUACAAUGGUUGGUGAACGUGGUGUACAACUUUCAGGUGGUCAAAAACAACGAAUUGCCAUUGCAAGAGCCAUUCUAAAGAACCCAAAGAUCCUCAUUUUGGACGAGGCAACAUCUGCUUUGGAUAGUGAAAGUGAAAAGCUUGUACAAGAAGCACUCCAAAACCUUAUGAGAGGUAGAACUACACUAGUCAUUGCUCAUCGUCUAAGCACUGUUCAAAAUGCAGAUGCCAUUGCUGUCAUUUCAAAUGGUAUUGUCUCUGAAUUUGGUAGUCACGAUCAAUUAAUGGCAAAGAAAGGAAUGUACUAUAAAUUGGUUAAAAAUCAAUUACAAAAGAAAGACUAA